AUGGCCCCCCGGACAGAAUCGAAGACCGCGUCUGAGAAACCCGCGAAAAAGACUAAGUCGUCUGGCUUAGGUGGAAGGAAGAAACUCAGCGCGUUCAACAAAUUCAUGCAAACUGAGAUGGCCCGAUUGAAGGAGGAGGAACCUGACAUGUCCCACCAAGACAGGGUUUUCGCUGUCAUUGUGCUUAGUGUUGCUACUAAUUUCACCGUAUUCACGCUGCUAGUUGAUUUUGCAUCGCAAUUAUUUUGUUGCUCUCCUGCGUCGGGUGCUUAUAUCUUCACCGCACUGAUUAUGUUGCCAAGUGGCAAGGGGCAACAACGUUGGAGGGGUGCGAUUGCCGGGUUCUGCCAAUCAGUAGGAAGACUUGACGCCUGGGUCUUUGUCAAACAGCCUCGCUGGAACAGACCGAUACAUUCAUAUGGACUUGUGGCUGUCUCAGAGAUUCUGCUGGAAAUUUCGCCCUACUAUCAAUCGAAUCAGCUGGAGCCUCUGAACGCUCAGUCGUGGGGGGCGAGCGUUGUCGUCGUGCGCGAUGUUGAUCGUGGAAAUGACGUACUUUCGUUGAAUUCAAACGAUGAAGCACAGCAGACACCCUAUCUAAUACUCACACCAUCCGAAAUCGACCCAUGGAAGCAAGCGGACAGCACGACCCUAGGACAUAGUGGCAUGCUGGGCAAGGGCAAAGGGGAACAUAAUACGAUAUCGGUAUCACCAGAUAAGAUUAGCUCAGAAGACCACGAUAUACAACUCGCCGCAUCAUCGAGUAAUGAUGAUUGUGUAUUUAUGAAUGCCUCAUUGCCCGACAAGGGGAAAGCAAAGGACCUAGCUUACACGUUGCCUCCUCUCUUAUUCUCCACAAGCGACCUGCAAUAUCACACCAUCGACUGGCCGUCCCCUAAUCCCGACUCGCCCACCCCAACUGCGGGACCUUCCUCUUACGGUUCAACCCACACUUCGCCUCCCUGCGCGUCCUCUAGUCUGUCUCACUUAGCCUCCCAGGCCCCCGAGAAUAGUGCACAACAGCCUCCGGGAUUGACAAGAGUACCCUCCCGGAGGCGAUCAUUAUCCAACUUGUCAAUCCAUUCCACACGUUCCUUAGCUGCUCGAUCCAUGUCAAGGAUUAAAGUUAAACUGGGCUCAUCGUCCAAGGGCCCAGGCAACCUUGCCCGUAGAUUAUUGUUCAGGAAUAAGGCUAGUGCAGCCGCGACAUCAAUAGAUCUCAGCCCUGCCGGCUCUGUGUCGGAUCCUUUCUUAGGGGACCUUACAACAGCAGGGCAAGGUAAUCCAACAUGGAAAAACCCUGAUUUCCAGCCUUGUCCGAACCUCGAGUUCCCAUCAAACGUACGAACGCAUAUUCAACAGAGCGCCGAUGGUCCUGAAAGCUUCAAUAGCAUCACAGGCAAAGGCCGCUCAUAUUCCUCUCCACUUCCUCAGUCUGUCUUUGACAUCAUUCCUCGUGGCAAUAGCGAUGUCUUUGCCCCCGUGCCUUUAGCCCUGCAAAAUCUCUUCGAUGAAGCUUUGCCCAGAGAACUGAAGCUGCAGGUCUUUUCAGCCUUAAUUUCCCUGCACGAAGAUGAAUUUCAGCUGUGGAAGUCGUCGGGACGAUGGACUGCCUCGAAGGCAUCCUCAUCUAAGUACCGUUGGGUUGGAGAGAUCGUGGGAUGCGUGUCAAAGGCGUGGCGCUCACUGGUCUUUGAUGGUCAGCUGUGGAUGGAUGUCGACCUCAAGGCAUUCCCAAACCUUCCGGCGCCCUUCCUUUUGCGUCUUGCAGACAGGCUUGGGCCAUUCGUCAAGAACAUGGAUCUUACCGGACACACAAAGCUUGAUCACAGCACUCUGGGACAAGUCACGACCAGCCUCUGUGUACGCUCCGCGCCAACCAUCGACUUCGCAUAUACACAACUCUCGGACUUGAACCUGACAGGUUGCAAUGCGCUGACUACACAAGCAUUACACAACCUCGUCAUCCAUUCUCCGUUUUUGCGCAGCCUUUGUGUUAAAGGGUUAAAGGCCGUUGACAACACGACGUUCGACGUUCUCGCGCUCUGCCCCCACCUGACAUCCCUGAACAUGAGUCGGUGUUCCAAUAUUAAUGGAGAUGGGCUCCACAGAUAUGCAAAUGCCGUGCUAGGGCGCCACGGCCAGCUGGCGCUGAAAGAGCUCAGGUUAUGCGGAUUGGAGGGUAUUUAUGAUGAGGUCCUGGGAGUUUUAGGCAGAGCGGCACCUUCGUUGGAAGUCCUCGAUCUGAGCUAUUCUCGUUCUCUGCACAACUCAGCGUUGGAGGCUUUUGUGGCGUGCACAGAAGAAGAGAAGUCAACGGAGAGCGUGGUGCUGACUGCGCGUGAGGCAGGGCGAGAAGCGCGUGAUAGUGGGCGCUACCGGAGACGAAUCACGAAACUCAGACAUCUGUCGCUCUCGAACUGCAAGCUGCUUACAGAUAUCGCAUGCUCCAACCUAGCGCAUGCAGUGCCGCGCCUAGAGCUGUUGGAACUGGCGGGCAUUGGGACGUCGAUGAAGGAUGAGGGGCUUGUGAGGCUUUUGGAAACUACGCCACUUCUCCGAAAGCUGGAUCUUGAGGAUGACCCGGAUAUUACCGACACUGUCCUAAGUGCACUGACCCCCAGUCCUCCAGGGGACUCCGGAUCAGGGUCAACACAGCCCCCGCAGACAGGGCAGGCACUAGAGCACUUGGUUGUAUCGUUUGCUGUCAGCAUCAGCAACGAGGUCUUCCUUUCUCUCAUCUGCAAUUGCCCUCGCCUUAUGGUAUUGGAGGCAGAUAGUACGUCCAUAUCCGGGGCUGUCCUCAAAGAGUUCGUGCGACGUGCGCACGAACGGAAUGCGUCCGAUGCGACCUUGGUUGCUAUCGACUGCCGUGCUGUGGGUGAGGGCUCCAUCAAGGACGUUGCUGCGAUGACCCGCCCUCGCAAAGGCUGGUGUGCCUGGGAUGCGCGGAAGCUCGCGUAUUUGGACGGUCGGGACAAGGAAGAACUGAAAGUAGGGCAGGAUGAGUGCGACGAGAAGCGCAUUGUGUUGAAGUCGUUUUAUAAUUGGCAAACUGUGGAUGCUGUUCAAGCUGCGCGGGGACGGUAUCGGCGAAAUUCUCGGCGUGCGGGUAACGAAUCGUCAGAUAACCUUGAGGACAUUGUUCAAACUUCGGGUCGCAUGCGGUGGUGGUCUCCAAGUAGUGGGAGGCGUUUAGCUGGUACUGACACUCCAGAUAGGGCAAAUGAGAGAAGGACCCGAGAGAUAGUGGUCCCUGCAUCCGAGACACUAUUUGCUAUGGGUAAGACGGAUACGGGCAACUUCUUUUUCGGCUUCCUUAGUUUCUCGGACUUUGAAGAAUCAUCAUCUCCGUAUCCUGUGAAUGGCGUUUUCGUCGCCCGACAUCUCAGCCUCAUCGAAUACUUCAAGGUCCUCUUCUUCUUCACUACCCAUUUCCUCCAGGUUCUUCUCGUACUCUGCACGCUCCGCCAUUUUGCUGGUGAUUUUAACAGGAACACGUUCACUGCUAGUAGAAGCAGGCUCAUGUGCCGUAUUGUUUGGUUCUCCAACUUUUACUAG